CAUUCUACACAGUCCAUCCCAUUUCCUCUCUCCCUUAUCCUCUCCAAUCUUCUUCUUCUUCUUCUUCUUCUUCUUCUUCUUCUUCUUCUUCUUCUUCUUCCUCUCUCUCAUCAUCAGAAGAGCAAAUCAGCACAAAAAUGGCGUCAACUCUCUCCGCUCUCACACUCCGGUCUCCCUCUUAUCCUACGCCCACCGCGCUCUCUUCUCCUGCGCUCGCCUCCCCCAAGCCCGCCUUCCUCCAAUUCCCCUUCAACCCCCAAAACCCUAGCCUCUCCGCCUCCCACCGCGCCAGCCACGUCCGUCCCCUCGCCGCCGUCGCCGUGCCGGAGAAGAUCGAGAAGAUCGGAGAUGAAAUCGCCGGCCUCACCCUCGAGGAGGCCAAGGGCCUCGUCGACUUCCUCCAGGACAAGCUCGGCGUCUCGGCCGCCGCGCUCGCGCCAGCAGCAGCCGUAGUUGCCGUGCCGGGAGCCGGAGGAGACGCCGAAGCCGCGGCUCCGGAGGAGAAGACAGAGUUCGACGUGGUCAUCGAGGACGUCCCGAGCAACGUGAGGAUAGCGGUGAUUAAGGCGGUUAGGGCGCUGACGAGCUUGGCGCUGAAGGAGGCGAAGGAGCUGAUUGAAGGAUUGCCGAAGAAGUUUAAGGAGGGAGUUUCCAAGGACGAAGCCGAAGACGCCAAGAAGCAGCUCGAGGAGGCUGGGGCUAAGGUCGCCAUUGUUUAGGCUUUGCUCUGAUUUGUUCUUCUUCACUAUGGAAAUGGUAAAUGGAUGGGCUUAGCUUUCGACUAUAUUUUUGUGAGGAAUUCUAGCCGUAGUUUCUUUUUGUUUUUUUAAUCUUUUUUUAGUACAGUGAUAUGUUUUUUUUCCUCUGUUUUAGUUGCAAUGUAAUUGGAAAUUCAUAAUCUGAAUAGAAUUUGCCUUAAAAAUUCUGGCUUGUUGUUAAGUUUCAAGAUGGCAAAAACUGUGUCAAUUGUUUGAAUUAUUGCUUGACCUGAAAAUGUAAUUGCUUUAUGUCAAACAAAUUGGUUAUGAGCUUGUUAGAGGAGUAAACUUUGGCCUUUCAGCUUAA